CCUCCCUUAACCGUAGAAGAAGAACUUUUGCUAGGUUAGCUAGCUAGCAAAGUUUGGCGUUUAGCUACCUGGAUGUGAGCGACAAAAUGCUUCUGCAGACGGUCAGACCGUGGCUGCUUCGGUGCAGAAAUCUCCCCCUGGCCGGCACAAGGCCCUACUACGCCGAUAAAGUAGCCAGGCUCGGCUCGCAGCCCGACAAGCAGGCUCCUGAGUACCAGGAAAAUUAUGAGCGGAUGCAAGUCCUUGUUGAUGAAUUAAAAAGCCGGACAGAGAAGAUUAAAUUGGGCGGAGGAGAAAAGGCCAGGAAACUUCAUACUUCUCGUGGGAAGCUCUUGCCGAGAGAGCGCAUAGACAGACUUCUGGAUCCAGGGACCCCAUUUUUGGAGUUCUCCCAGUUUGCAGCACACCAGUUGUAUGGAAAAGAUGAAGUGCCAGCAGGGGGUAUAAUUACUGGAAUUGGACGGGUUUCAGGGGUAGAGUGUGUCAUCGUUGCGAACGAUGCCACCGUCAAAGGGGGGACGUACUAUCCCGUUACAGUGAAGAAGCAUCUUCGAGCACAAGAAAUAGCCCAGCAAAACUGCUUGCCAUGCAUAUACUUGGUGGAUUCAGGAGGGGCCAAUCUACCCAGACAGGCAGAUGUCUUUCCAGACAGAGAUCAUUUUGGACGGAUUUUCUUCAACCAGGCAAGACUGUCUUCAGAGGGAAUAGCACAGAUUGCUGUUGUGAUGGGCUCUUGUACCGCUGGAGGAGCGUAUGUGCCGGCCAUGGCAGAUGAGAGCAUCAUUGUGCGGAAGCAGGGAACCAUUUUCCUUGGAGGACCCCCAUUGGUCAAAGCUGCCACUGGAGAAGAAGUAUCUGCAGAGGACCUCGGUGGUGCAGAUCUUCACUGCAAGAAAUCUGGUGUAACGGACCACUAUGCUUUGGACGACAAUCAUGCCCUCCAUUUGGCAAGGAAGGCAGUACGAAGCCUCAAUUACAAGAAGAAUAUCGAGGUCACCACAGAACCGACUGAACCCCCUCUCUAUCCGGCAGAUGAACUCUAUGGCAUAGUUGGAGACAACUUGAAACGCAACUUUGAUGUCAGAGAGGUAAUUGCCAGAAUCGUAGAUGGCAGUAAAUUUGAUGAGUUCAAGGCUUUCUAUGGAGACACACUUGUCACAGGAUUUGCAAGGAUAUUCGGUUAUCCUGUUGGAAUCAUUGGCAACAACGGGGUCUUGUUCUCAGAGUCUGCAAAAAAGGGGACGCAUUUUAUCGAAUUAUGCUGCCAGCGGAACAUUCCACUUAUUUUUCUGCAAAAUAUAACAGGCUUCAUGGUGGGCAGGGAAUAUGAAGCGGGAGGAAUCGCCAAGGAUGGAGCCAAGAUGGUAACUGCAGUCGCCUGUGCCAACGUGCCUAAGAUUACCGUCAUCAUUGGAGGUUCAUACGGUGCCGGAAACUACGGCAUGUGUGGUAGAGCCUACAGCCCCAGAUUCCUCUAUAUGUGGCCAAAUUCCCGAAUAUCUGUGAUGGGUGGUGAGCAGGCUGCCACUGUCCUGGCCACCAUCACCAAGGAUCAGAGGGCGCGUGAGGGAAAAGAGUUCACAGCAGAACAAGAGGCUGCCAUGAAGGAGCCAAUAGUGCGGCGGUUUGAGGAGGAAGGCAGCCCGUACUACUCUAGUGCCAGACUGUGGGAUGAUGGUAUUAUUGAUCCUGCUGAUACUCGCCUGGUUCUGGGACUGAGCCUCAGCGCAGCACUAAAUGCACCGAUGAAGAAGACACAUUUCGGAGUGUUCAGGAUGUGAUCCUCCAGUGGCUUUUACAGGUGUCCCUAUGUUCACCAGUCCAGACUUGGACAUGUAUUUAAAGUAUAGUUUCUGUAGUUGGGGAAGUAUCACCACACUAGAUAGCAAACAGUUUCAAAAUUAAGAAAAAUCAUGCAACCUCGGAUUCAAGGUCUCCUGCUGUCGAGGGACAAUAAAAUUUUUACCUUGUGCCUUAACUGUUACUCCCCCAGUGUAAAUGCAACUGACCCUGUACAACUGUUUCUUUGAGUGGUUUGUGUUUGUUUUUCUUGUCAUAAGAUACUGUAAAUGGUGAACAAUUAAAAUUUGAUUUACCGACCUUUUGUUGUAGACCAUCACUGUUGCACACAUGAUCCCUGACAGAGGAAAGAGUGGGGUGGGGGGCAGAUAUUUCAUAAGAGGGUGCUAUUUAUCUGUGAACAUCUGAGAGAUUCCAUUCUUGUUUGUUGUAAAGACACAUUUAAGACAUUUUUGCACUUAAUAUCUUUUAAGUGAACACAUUAUGGUACUGCUCAGUAUUCUAUGUAACAGGGUAACAGAUGAGAUGAAAAUUGUUUUGAGAAACAAAUAAAAGAAAACACAGUCUUU